AUGAAAAGCUCUAGUAUCUUCGGCUUUGUCGUCCUGGCCACCAAGCCCAUGGUCAACCCCACUCAGAAGCAGCAGGACAGUCGCAUUGACAGUCAUUUUUACGUCAGUUCUGGCAAUGAUUCGAAUCAUUUUAGUGGACGAUUGACUUUCAACUCAAUCUAUCUAUCGUUCCUUAGCUCCCGAUCAGCCGCCUCUCGAUCCAUCUCCUCUCAAAAAGCCUCCUCCCCAGCCACCAACAACAAGGACACAUGUCGUCUCACAAACGAAUCCAUAACAGUUCAUGUGCCUCCUGCUGGUGCAUGCCACCCAGAUAACGAGUUUCCCAAAAGGGAGAUCCAGGGGGUCAAGAAUUCAGAAAACCUCGCGUAA